GUUUUGCUCUCCUUGCAGUGGCUGGAUUGCAGCGAUUUCCUUCUUCGGGACCAACGUGGGCUCAGCUGUGGUGAUGCUCAUCCCCACGGUGCUGUUCACGGGGAUGGCUGUCUUCUCCUUCAUCGCCCUCACUAUGGUGCAUAAGUUCUACCGGGGGAGCGGCGGGAGCUUCAGCAAAGCCCAGGAGGAGUGGACCACGGGGGCAUGGAAGAACCCCCAUGUGCAGCAGGCAGCGCAGAACGCGGCCAUGGGCACAGCGCAGGGGGCCAUGAUGCAGCACGAGACGCAGUACUCGGCCACCCCCAACUACACCUACUCCAACGAGAUGUGAGCAGCAGGACUCUGUCCUCACGCACCAGAUCUUAGGGGGGAAAAGGAGGAGGAGGAGGAAGGCUGAGCCGGAUUUCUGCAGCUAUUCCAGAAAGCUGGAGUGUACCAUAACGGUUCUUCUUUCCCUAUUCUUUGUAACGAGAUCAUUUGGGAUUUGUUUUCUUCUUCGUUUUCCUCCCCGUUACUGUCUUGAGCUUUUCUUUUCUCCUUUCUCUUUCGUUUCGAAGAGGCUGUGAAUUGACCUGCAGGGCUCUUCGUGUGUGUGUGUGUGGUAGUUACAUGUAUGUUCACGUGUCUUCUUUUUCCCUGUGAACUAGUGUGUGGUGGUGGUUUUUAAUUACUGUGGUGAUAGGUGUAUGUUAGAACUCCAUCAGCCAAAAGCCCCCACUCCCAAAAGGGAAAGAUACAAAUAGCAACCAGCACCCAUUUUCCCUCUUGGAAUAAGCCGUGAGCCACAGGUUUCUGAUGUGUGUGUGUGUUUUCUCUUUGAGUUGGUAUCCAGCCACUCACCGCUGUCUCAGCAAGGACAAGCCAUCCCAGGAAUUCACCUUUUUCCCUUGCUUUUUAACCAGGAGGUGGCUGGCUGGGUUAGUAUUAACAAAGAAAAAGAGGGGAUAAGGCAAAAAAGAACCUUUCAAUCCUGAUGGAAGCCAAGAGAUUCCUACCCUACACCCUGGCUCAGGAUCUACGACUUCUCGCAGCGUGUAACUGAGUAGUUUCCAUGCAGUAUCUGUGUGUGUCCAUGGGCAGGAGCCCCAUGUGCUGCGUGUGUGUGUGUGCAUGUGCUGGGGAGCGAGGACAGGUUUUUCCUUGUGGGAUACCACCUUUCCAUCCCGGAUUCUGCAUCCUGAGGCUCUUCUGUCAAGGCUUCUUGAAAAGCAGCUAUAGAAUUGGUGGUGUUCCUCAGAGGAGCUGUUCUUGGGGGAGGCUCUGGGUCACACCAAGCACAUCCAACCUGUGCACUGUGUAAAUAGCGAGGGCAGGAUUUGUCCCUGUUAGCUUUUCAGGUGUGCAGGAAUUUAAGGCUCUUUAGGAAACCUCCAGGCUCCUGGAGAAGGAUUCCUGCUCACUUGAGCUCCUAACAAGCGGCCGUGUAUUUUCUUGGUGUGGAAAUCCCUGCUCCUGUCAGCCCCGAAUCCAUGCCCAGGUAGGGGUCAGUUUGGGCUUUAAAUAAUGAUGUGGCACCUUAGCAGAGGCAGCUGAGCUCAGCCCAGCACCUCCUGGGCUGUAAAUGGGAGCUGAUGGAUGCUGCAGGGCAGGAGCAGGGAAAGCUCCUUCUCAGAGAUGCUUUUCAGACUCUAAAUGCACUUUAAAUAAGCCAAAUUUCUCCCCAAGUCCUAGAAAAGCAGCCCGAACUGAAUCCCAAGCCUAGUUUCCUUUCUAAGGGUGGCACUUGAGUCAUUCUGCAGUAGACUGUCGUCUCCUGGUAAGACUAAACUGCAGCUAACAAUAAAAUGCCUGUCCGUGUGUGUGUACGUGUGUAUAUAUGUGCAAAACCUAAGGAGAAAAGUAAUCCUUUGCUGAGCCUAUUAUGUACUUAAUCAGGUUUAAAUAUUGUGCAAUUCAUUUCUAGCUAGCCGAAAAGUUACUCUGCCAAACCCCGUUGCUCUGUCAUCCAUGUCUGAGAAGUGAUGCAAUGGAAGUGACUUCACCUUUUGCAUUGAUGAUAACUGUACCAAGCUGUAACUAACAGACAUUGCUUCAGCACCUAACCCUCCUCUGCGCUGUGUCUCCUCAACCUGCGACCACCGCGGCUGCAGCCCCCUGCCCUGCCGUGGGGCUGGGCAGGACACCAGGCACCCACCACCCUUAUCCUUCACCUGGGUUGUGGGGAGAGCUGAGGUGUGGGUGCUCCAGAUGCGGGGUUUCACUGAGGUCUCCCCAUUGCUUUGUGCAGAGCCCUCUCUCUGCCUCCUGCCGCCGCCUUGGGGCUUAUUUGCAGCUGAGAAACGCUGCUUUGAAGCUGGGGUUGGGAAGGGCUGGGGACCCGCUGCCCCAGAGCCCGCUCCUGCUGUAGGCAAGCAACCAGCAGCCCUUGAACGUGCCUCCCGCAGGGGAGGGCUCCCAUCAGGGCGCUGCGGGUACCGGGAGCAGCUCAUGGCCCCGUGUCCCCGCACACCACGACCUUCCCCAUGCCCUCCGCCGCCUCUAGCCCUCCCCGCGGGCUACGCUCCCCCUCACGCAGCCCCUGCGGAGCGGGGGUUACCGGGCUGCUCCGGGGCCGCCGGCAGGGCCUAACGGGCCGGCCCGCUGCGGCGGGGAGAGCCCCGGGACCGGGACCGGGCCCCGCCGCCGCGACACCGCCUCAGCGCCGCCCCUUCCCGCCUCCCAGCGCGCCCUGCGCCUUCCGCGCCCGCGUUGCCAGGCGGCGGCGGGGCCUUGCGCUGCUGCCGGGCCGUACCUGGUGUCUGCCCGCGGUUUGUCGUCCCCCCCCCCACGGCGCCCCUCGGGUCCGGCCCCUGCCCCAGCCGCCUUUCGGGGCUGUUAAGCGGCUGAUAACGUACCUCUGAUGGCUCCGUAGCCGAGCCCCGGGGCUGUGCUUGGGCGGGAGGCGAGCGCGGCGCAGCCUGCCGCGCUCUGGCGUUAUCACUAAUAGCCCUUAUGGGAGGCUGCCUAUUCAUAAAUUACAUCUUAUUCCCCGGGUUUUAAGGUUUGGGUGCGCUAAUGGUCAUUCACUAAUCCCAAGGGAAGCGGCUGUUCUCGCUGUGACGGUGUUAACUUGGCUUUAAUCAGCUAUAGGUGAACGCAUGGAGCAGCGCCGGAGCGGCCCCGCUGAUGCUCUCGCUGCGCUUCCUCGCCUCUAGUUGCUCCUGCUCAUCAGUGCCUGGGAGCUCGAGCUGAAGCCCUGCUCUUAUCCCGAGUUUGAUGGGAGCAUGGAGCCCUCCUCAUCACCGGACCCAGGGAUUCCUGCAGGGAAUUGCUCCUCCAUGCCACAGAGAAACUACCAUGUCCUGGUAGGUGUGACUGGGAGUGUGGCUGCCCUCAAGCUGCCCCUCCUCGUCGCCGAGUUGCUGAAGAUCACUGGGCUCGAAGUGAAGGUGGUGACUACUGAGAGAGCAAAGCAUUUCUACAAUGCCCAGGAGAUUCCUGUCCCCCUCUACAGUGAUGAAGAUGAAUGGCAGCUGUGGCAGGGGCGCUCGGACCCCGUGCUGCACAUCGAGCUCAGGCGUUGGGCUGACCUGAUGCUGGUGGCCCCUCUGGAUGCCAACACGCUGGCAAAGCUCGCCAAUGGCAUCUGUGACAACCUGCUGACUUGUGUGAUCCGUGCCUGGGAUCUGAGCAAACCUCUGUUCUUCUGCCCAGCCAUGAACACAGCCAUGUGGGAACAUCCCCUCACGGCUCAGCACGUGGAGCAGCUGAAAGGCUUUGGCUACACAGAGAUCCCCUGCGUGGUGAAGAAACUAGUGUGUGGGGAUGAAGGUCGAGGUGCCAUGGCAGAGGUGUGGACCAUUGUGGAGAGCGUGAAGAGGAUCCUGGAAGAAUGGGGCUUGCCAGCACAGAGCUGAUGUUUGGCACAUACAUUGUGUUUGGUGCCUCCCUGAUGAUUUGAAGAUAAAACCAAGUGCUCUUCAACCGAAGGAGUGAAACAGUUGCUUCCAGCUGGUGCCAGCCUCAAAUGCGGUUCAGUGCUUUAGACUCUCCGAAACCAAAGCCAAGGAUAUGCUGCUUUAGUGGGGGACAGCCCUGUGGUAUCUCACAGAGAGGGAGCGACAUUCUUGCCAGGCCACUCACCUGGUAUUUCCCGUUUCCUAUCUGAGGAGGCUGCAGGAGGAAUUGCUGAUGUAUUUCAGUGGUUCCCCCAAGAGCUGCUGUGCAAGCCCUGGCCAUGGGGAUAACGCUGGCCCCUGCAUGGGGACAUCCCUGCUCUCCAAAGCCUGGGCUCUAGCUGUGCUGGCUGCACCUUUCCAGCAGGAGUCACUGUCCAAAAAGCAUUUCAUCGACUUGUAGAAUCACAGAAUGGUUUGGGUUGGGAAGGGCCUUAACAUCAUCCAGUUCCAACCCCCUUCUUGGAACUUAAUAAAAGAGAGCUUUUCACUCUGC